AUGACUUUCGAGAAGAAAGUCGUUUUUUUCGACUUGGAUAACUGCUUAUAUCCUAAAUCAUACGCUAUUCACGAUAUGAUGGCUUCUCGGAUCACCGCCUACUUUGCGGACAAGUUGGGGGUUCCUGAGGAUGAGGCAGAGCGUUUGCGCGAAAUCUAUUAUCGUCAUUACGGUAUUGCAAUUCGUGGUCUUGUCCUUCAUCAUCAAAUCGACGCUGUUGACUACGACAAACGCGUGGAUCAGUCACUUCCUUUGGAAAAGGUGGUCAAACGCGAUGAUCGUUUACGCGACAUGCUACUUGAGCUUCGUAAAAAAUACAAACUCUGGAUAUUCACCAACGCCUACGUGGUGCAUGCCACCCGUGUUUUGACUCUCCUGGGGAUUAGUGAUUGCUUUCACGGAGUUACUUACUGCGACUAUGAUGCCAAAGACUUAGUUGCCAAACCCAUGCCAGAAAUGUAUGCGCGCGUUAUGAAGGACGCUGGCAUCACUAAAAAGGAAAACUGUAUUUUUUUUGAUGAUUCUUACGGAAAUAUUGUUGGGGCGAGAGAUUUUGGUUGGAAAUACACCAUCCAAGUGGUUGAAGAGGAUGAAGCUUUGCCCGAACCUCAGGCAGGUUCCCAUGUGAUUCGUGAUAUUCAUGACUCAAAGGAAUUUUUGGAUUCUGUAGUUGAAAAAAAUGAGCCGGAAGUAUAA